ACAAAAAAUAUUGAUUUUUAUUGAUAGUACAGAAAGAUUCUCACAUCACAAACCUUUAAAUCUGUUACAUUACAUUGUGUUUUUUUUUAAAUUGACCAAAAACCACUCAAGUAAGAAUCAACGUUUCAUUUAUAACUAGCAGCAGUUUCUAUAUUCUUUUAAAACUCAAUAUGGAAAUACUGUGUAAUGGACCUUAGUAGCCACAUCUCAAAUCUAAAACCUAUAAGAGAACAUGUUUAUGAAAAUAUCUGAUAUUGUACUGAUAGAUAUAAAUAAUAUUUAGAUCAUCUGUGAACGUGGAACAAAAACGAUAAAAUAGCAGAAAGAUAAAAUGACUAAUUUCCAUAAAAAUAUAUUUCUAAGUGUACAGCUAAAAUAACAUGCACGUGUUAAACAUGACUUUCUUUCCUUCUCAGACGAAGAAUGCUUGGAAGUUUCCCGGUGGUCUGUCAGAUCUGGGAGAAAACAUCGACGAGACGGCCGUCUGGGAGGUUUUUGAAGAAACCGGAGUCCGAUCCCAGUUCCGAUCUCUCCUCAGUAUCCGUCAGCAGCACAAGCUCCCGGGAGCGUUCGGGAUGUCCGACAUGUACCUGAUCUGCAGACUCAGCCCGCUCUCCCACCAUAUCAACCUCUGCACUCAAGAGUGUCUGCGCUGCGAAUGGCUCGAUCUGUCUGAACUCGCCGAGACCAGCGAGACCACGCCGAUCACGAGCCGCAUCGCCACACUUCUGCUGUACGGACUGGACAACGGUUUCCACGACAUCGACCUCACAAUGAAGCAGCUGCCGGCCGUAUAUCCCGGCUCGUUCUAUCAGCUGUACCACAGACGACUGCCAGAGGUGUAGAGACGUUAUAGAGCAGCACUACACUGCACUAAAUCAUGUGUUUUGUUUUCCAGUACAAAUAUCUAAACCUUCUUAAA